UUUUGGGAGCGUUGAUGAAUGAAUUUCACACAUGGGAAAUAGCCCAUCCUCACCAAAAAAAUCUUUAAAUAAAGAGAACAAGACCCUUCUUCGCGGAACUCCAGGAGACCCUGAUCUUUUUCAAUAUAGAGUGUUUUAUCUUCUCGGACAGACGGCGGCCUAUCGAGUUGCUUUUCUGUGAGAGAAAACACAAAUGUUUUGGGUGCUGUGACUGCGAUAUAAAGACUUGGUUUGGAACUUUGGUUUCGUUGUUUUUCCUGUGUUGAUUUACGAAGAGUUGGUGCUGAAGCAUUCCUUCUUGAUGAUUCAUUCUAUUUCGUAUUCUGUUCUUACAAUCUGUAAGGAUGCAGCUGGAGUCGCCGGGAAUUUGUUUGCUUUUGGGCUGUUUGUGUCCCCGAUACCCACUUUUAGGAGAAUUCUCAGAAACCGAUCGACUGAACAGUUCUCAGGGUUGCCGUAUAUAUAUGCUCUUUUGAAUUGCUUGCUCUGUACGUGGUAUGGUACGCCCCUCAUAUCUUCUAACAAUAUAUUGGUGAUGACUGUCAAUUCAGCCGGUGCAGUUUUUCAGUUGAUCUACAUAAUACUCUUCAUAACAUAUGCUGAGAAAGGAAGGAAGAUUAGGAUGCUUAUAUUGUUGCUGGUAGUUUUUGGGCUACUUGCAAUCGUAGUGGCUGGGAGCUUGCAAAUACUUGACCGUACUAUGCGGUGGAUAUUUGUUGGAUUACUAAGUGGAGCUUCUCUCAUAUCAAUGUUUGCUUCACCGUUGUUUAUAAUUAAUUUGGUGAUCCGGACAAAAAGUGUUGAAUUUAUGCCAUUCUAUCUCUCCCUUUCCACCUUCCUGAUGAGCACGUGUUUCUUCCUAUAUGGACUAUUUAAUGAUGACAUCUUCAUUUAUGUUCCAAAUGGGAUGGGAACCAUUUUAGGGAUUGUACAAUUGGUAUUGUAUUUCUUCUAUAGCAGAAGACAGAGAGAAGACUCUGCAGAACCUUUGAUAGUGUCGUAUGCAUGAAUAGCGAUGCUGGCAAGCAAAGGUGAAGACCAUUCUUGUGCACAAAAUAAGAAUGCAGACUGCUCGAAGAAUGGUAAGAAGUUGCCAAGUUACCUCAAGCCGUCUCUUGAGCCGUUCUCAGCCUCAUUGCUCUCUCCCUUGCCUUACAUGUUGCUCUUAGAUCUCUGAGAAUUUGAAGUAUGUAUGCAAUUUUUUAGAAAAACAAAAAAUCAUGGAUAUUCGAAGCAUUUGUCACC